AGUCGUUGAGAAAUGCCAUUGGCAGGGAGGUCUUGAGGGGUUUAAGCUUCAGAGCUACAACCCGUACGGACAGUCGUCAAGUGGGUUCUCUUUAUUUCAAUCAUCUCGUUCAUGGCGUAGGAAGCGAUCUAUAUUUCUCUUCACGGGCUACAAAUGGCUGCAACCAUUACCAAAUCACGAGGAGUUUGGUCUCGUUUCCUGCUCAACCAAUCGCUCAAGAAACCUAUUAAGCCUACCUUCAAUCCCUGUAGAAAAAUCUGUUCAUUUCCAAAUUUCCCUGCGCAAAUUCAUCAUUUCCAGAGGCCCAUUUCGAAUUUCUAUUUGGGUCGUUCUUCAUUAGAUCAUCGGUUCUUCUCUUCAGCAAGAACGAUUCAAGAGCUUCUCGCUGAAGUUGAGAGAGAGAAGCAAAGGGAGAGAGAGGAGAAAAAGAGGGCUGGUGUAGAAGUUGGUGAUGAUGAUGAGGACGAAGAGGAUUACAUGGGUGUUGGGCCGCUAAUUGAGAAGCUUGAGAAGGAGAAGCUGAAGGAUAGUGGUGGCCUUGAUAUGUACGAAGAACCCACAGAUUCGGAGAGCGAAGAUGAUGAGAGGUUCUCCCCUGAUGCGGUGAAGAAACGAGCGGAAGAGUUCGAGAAGAAGUUCAAGAGGCACGAAGAGCUGCUCAAAAACUUUACUGAAGCAGAAACACUGGAUGAUACAUUCAAAUGGAUGAACAAAAUCGACAAGUUUGAACAAAAACAUCUCAAACUUCCAUUAGAAUACAGGGUUAUUGGUGAGUUGAUGAACAGUCUGAAAGAGGCCACUGGAAAGGCCAGGUUCAUGCUUAUUCAGAAAUUAAAUAGGGCUGUGAGGAUGGUGGAGUGGAAGGAGGCUUAUGAUCCUAACAAUCCUGCGAAUUAUGGAGUCAUCCAGCAUGAGCAGGUAGGACCAUCUGUUGAUCUCCUAGAACAUGCUGGAUUUGAAAGAGAGAAGAAAAUUAUUCAGGGUGCUGGAAUGGAGGAUGAUGAUGAUGAAGACUUCAGUGACAUAAAAGACAAGGAUGAUGUGCUGCUAGAGAAGCUUAAUGCCAUUGACCAUAAACUUGAGGAGAAGCUAGCUGAGUUGGAUCAUACAUUUGGAAAGAAGGGUAAGGUUCUAGAGGAAGAGAUUAGAGAUCUUGCAGAGGAGAGGAACACUUUAACAGAGAAGAAAAGGAGACCACUUUACAGGAAAGGUUUUGAUGUGAAGCUAAUUGAUGUAAAUCGAACAUGUAAAGUCACAAAGGGUGGCCAAGUUAUUAAGUACACUGCAAUGUUGGCUUGUGGGAACUACCAUGGAGUUAUUGGUUUUGCAAAAGCGAAGGGUCCAGCAGUUCCUAUUGCUCUACAAAAGGCAUACGAAAAAUGCUUCCAGAAUCUCCAUUAUGUUGAAAGAUACGAGGAGCAUACAAUUGCGCAUGCUAUACAAACAAACUAUAAGAAAACCAAGAUAUACCUCUGGCCUGCACCAACAAGAACAGGUAUGAAAGCAAGUAGAACUGUCGAAACCAUCCUAAAUUUAGCUGGUUUCAAAAAUGUGAAGUCCAAGGUCGUUGGCUCAAGGAACCCUCAUAACACAGUGAAAGCCCUUUUUAAAGCUCUUAACGCGAUUGAAACUCCCAAGGAUGUGCAAGAGAAGUUUGGCCGGACAGUUGUGGAGUCAUACUUGCUAUGAGUGGUAUUUAUCCACUAUCUUAUCAGGAUAAUUUCUUUAUUCCUUGACCGUUAUAUGAGCAGUCUUCAUUGGUCUUUGCCUGAAUCUAUUCAUGUAGCUGCAUCAGUACAUGGUGGUUUUAGAAGCAUUUGUGCCUGUUGGAAGCUUACAGCAUAUGGGGAACUGGGUUUUAAUCUGUUGGGCUACUUCUGAUGACUGCAUGAUUAAAGGAGCCUAAGGUGGUCGAUGAUAUUGUCUACUGUCACAUUUGAAGCUGGAAAUAACCUAAAUUGAGCUAUUUGUACCUUCUGGGUUUCUCUUACCCUUCUGCCUUGCUGGGUUUGAUCACUCCAUAUCUAAAUCAAUAGAACCUGCCCCCUUAAAGGUUUAAGCAA